CAGCUCGACGGGAGUAUCACCACGACAAACGCAAGCCGACAUUCUACCCGUGCCAUCCCUCUUUCUCUCGCUCUUCAAGCAUUGUUUGAACACUGCGUUUUGAGUGCACAGAUAGGACCCAGUCGCAUGCCAUAGGCCUGAGCUCCGCAUCGCUUUUCUCACGUUCACUAAAAAGGCGCCGCAUCAAGCACACAGUAUCGCCAUGUCUCUCCGCAUAGUUCCCCCGGCGCUGCAUCCUUCCUCCACCAGGCAAGGCCAGUACACAGGCGCUCCAUCUGCACCGGGCGUUCACGAUACUCUUCGCGCAAAUCUCAACCUCACAGCCCCAGCACCGCAGGCCACAAGCAGCACUCAGGCUGCUCCCCAAAUCCAGUCCACGCACCCCCUUGAGGCACGCCUCGCUCAAUGGCGCAGUACGCAGGACACCCUGAAGAUGACGUUGCUCGGUCGGCAGUUUGGCAUUGCGGAGCCCGUACGGAGGGGCAUGGAGCUGCAAAUUGUGGCAGCUGGUGAGUGGACGCCUGCAGCUGCCAUGGUAGGCGGUGGUGCAGGCAUUGCAACUGAUAUUUUAAGCGGACGAGAUACGGAGAUUGAUUGGGAGGACGUGUUCCAUGGAAGUGAAUUCAGGGAACAGCCAGAUUUCCACACAGAGAUGGAAGCGAGGAUGAGGAUGAACUGGUAAGGGCGUGUUUGGGUGAUCGGGAAGCUGGUGCUGUACAGAUAUCUUGAAGCUCCAACUGUAAUAGAAGAGCAAACAUAGACAAGCUACGGUCUCAAGUAUGUGUGUGUGUGUGUAUGGAGAGCCCUCGAGCAACGGACCCAAGCAGAGCCAAGAUCCGGUAUCAAAUAUGAACGGAGAAUGAAAUGAGACGAUAGCAGACGCUACCCAAAGAACAGCCUUUUUCCGCCUGCCAAGAACAGUGCGACGGAGCGCCAACUAUUACAAUGUAGCCGUAACUCCUAGGCGAAUAUCUAUACCAACAUGUGAGAGUAUGGAAGCAGACUAUGUCAGAUGAAUCAUAAACACAGAGAC